AUGAGACCACUGCUUCGACCGUCUCAUGCGCGAGCUAUACCUCGACGCCUCGUUCGAAAUUUCCAUGCCACACGACCGUCGCCGUUAAUCGCGGAGGUUCUUACCGCCACUACUAGCAUUCUUCAUGAAGUCCAUUCUUCAACCGGCUUAUCAUGGGGCGCCUCGAUCCCUUUAACGGCUGCUUUAGUGCGAUUCGGCGUCGCUUUCCCUUUUCAAAUAUCAGCACGCAGACACGCCAGACGGAUAACAGAUCUGAGCCCGCUCCUCAUGUCAUAUAGAUCAUACAUUGAUCACUUGAGAAAAGAGAAAGGCUUGGUCAGUAGGACCUUGAUGCAGUCGCCUGACCUGACAGAAAAAACACUACAAGAUUUCUUAAAGAAGAGAAAGGAAGUCUUAUAUUUCCGCUGGAAUAUCUCCAAGUAUGCAAAGUUUUUCCCAUUUCUUCAAAUCCCGGUCUGGCUGUCUUUUAUGGAGGGUGUACGGGCCAUCUGUGGUGUCAAUGCUGGGCUUUUCCGUUACUUUCUCCCAGUAACGACUGGUGACAGCGGAGACGUUGUUCUACCUGGCGUGGAACCGACCUUGGCCAACGAGGGUUUCCUUUGGUUCUCCGAUCUUCUUGCCGGCGAUCCAAGUGGCGCUCUUCCCCUCUUUCUUGGUCUUUCGAUCGUGCUCAACGUGCAAAGCGGUUGGAAGACCAAGACCCUCGCCGAGGCCUCGGACUAUUCAGAUGGAAAAAUGUGGAUGUUAUUGGGGUCCAAAGUCUCCAAAGGCAUCUGUUCGUUGUUUGGCGCUUACAUCGCUCUUACGGCCUACGUCACAGGACUGCCCGCCGGGAUGAUGCUCUACUGGAUCACUAGCACCAAUAUCGCUACACUCCAGUCAUUGUUUAUCGAAAAAGUCAUGUUUGCCAGAAAACCCCUUCAGCCUUGGGUAAAGAAACACCCCCGCGUUCUCAAGACCGGAGAGAAGCCUCCGCCAAAUAAAUCUCUCUUGUCGUGA